UUCUCGAGGUCUCUUUUCCGUUUGACCUGUGCUCCUUCCCCCCUAAACUCAUGUCCUAUACGCCUUUGCACGAGCGACCUCCUCACUAUACUAGUCUGCCUACCCCUCCUGGGAACGUGAAUCGAUCUCCCCGCUACGCCUCACCUGUUUCUUCACCAAGUAUCCCUUGGCCCGACUAUCAAAACAUGAGUAGCUCUCAGGAUGAGGAGGAAUAUGACGCAGGACCAUCGCACGAGGAAGAACAUCACUCUUCCUAUGACGAGGUGGACCAGGCGGGGCCAAGUCGCAAGAGACAGCGUGGGGAGAGCAAUGGACAUCCUCAUCAUCCGUCUCAUCGUCCAUCCCAACGCAAUCUGUCAGAUAUGCCUAUCAUACCCUCCAUCUUUGGGAUUGCCCCUAGGAAUGAGUUCACCAAGAAAGUCGGCGAGUGGAUCAUGGAGUGUACCAGAGGACGAGAGCAUGUAGAGAUUGAGAUCAAGUUAGGAACCCUACAUUCACCAGCCGGUCCACAACGUAUAAAGCUUCCAACGAGGACUGAAAUCAUCUUACAGCCAGACUAUCCAGUCGGUAACUUUGCAUCCACAAUGCACAAGCGGAUGAACCAGAACCUGAAUGGCUUGCUCAAUUCAGCCUUUCAAUCCUCUCAACAAUCUCCAGCGCCGAUCAAGUUCUUCAGAGAACAGCAUAGUGAUUCGUUUUAUGGAGGUCAACGAGGACACAAAUUACGCGUGUCGAGGGAUCGUGCUGGCAACCUGUUGCCCGGUGGAUGUAUCGUAAAGCAUCGAAUAGGGGACCUGAAUGUCCAUUCUCCCAAUGAGCUGUUUGAUUGGCGAGUCAGUGUCAGUACCGAAGAGCCUUUCCCCGAAGUACCUUCUGGUCAGCCGUUACAUGUCAGAGAGAAGGAUAGGGCAUGCUAUCAACAUCAAUUCUGUCGGAUCGAUUUGACCGUUGUGACAAUGAGACAAGAAAACGGACCGCCUCAACUGUCCUACGAGCUCGAGAUUGAAGUGCUCGACGUUCCACUCCUCCUGGCCGAGGGUGAGAAAGAAGCACGAGGCGAAUCGAAUAGGUUCGACGAUAUACUACAAUCGAUUCUCGAUACAGUCCGAAUGAUCAUUCGCAAUGUGGAGUAAA